CGAAGAAACAUCGCAGUAGCAAUAUGUGAACAAGAAGUUGUGCCGAAGAAAAUGACUAUUUGUACCGAAGUUACGACUGUCAUACCAAUUCAUAACGUACUAAGAAUAGACAAGUAACAUGUAGAUGAUGGCGUAAGUGUUGGAUUUGGGGAAUCGUCGGGGAUCUUUCAGUAUUUACUCGACCGGGUACAGCAGGUGCACGAUGGUCGAUGUUGACGACCAUGACGAGACUGUUACCAGAUUACUCUCUGCCUGUGAACAUGGAGACACUAAUACUGUGCAAACCCUUGUUGAACAGGAUUUAGCCGCAGUCGAUGCAUGUGAUGGCGAAGGAUCGUCGUUGCUACAUGUCUCCGCCGCAAACGGUCACGAAAGCUUGGUACGAUACCUCAUAAUGCGGGGAGCUAAAAUCGACUUGACAAACUCGUAUGGAUGGACUGCACUGAUGCAGGCUGCGAGGGGUGGAUAUCAUAAAGUAGUGGCCUUACUACUUCAAAAUAAAGUGGACGUGAACGUUAAAAACAAACUGGGGGUGUCGGCUUUGACGGUGGCUGCUCGAGGGGGACAUACGCAAGUCGUCAGAAUGUUACUCGAAGUACCGGUCUUCGAUUUGUCUGACGACUCGCAGACGGUGACACCGUUGAUAGUGGCCGCGCAAUAUGGUCACGAUACUGUGGUCAGGUUACUACUUGAUAGGGGGGCUAGAGUGAACCACCAGGAUGAAAACACCGGGUGGAAUCCUCUAAUGGUCACGGCUUUGAACGGGCACAUGACAACUGCUCAAAUUCUUGUCGAUCGUGGUUGUGAUCCAAAUGUAACGAAUUUAUUAGGAAGGACUGCACUGUCAAUCGCUAUUCAGUCUGGAAAACGAUCCAGAGAGGUGCGUGGAUACCUGGACAGAAAGACCACAAAUAAACCAAAACUUGAACCAGAGGAUAUUGAACCAAAUAUUCUGGAUGCUGCCAAGACAGGCAAUAUCAAGAGAAUACGUGUAAUACUUCACGAUGAUGUGAAGGCUGCGGAUACAAUCGGUGAAGACGGGGGUACUCCCCUCAUGUUUGCAGCAAUGCGCGGACAGUUGGAGAUUGUUGAAUUACUUGUAAAUUACGGCGCUGAUGUAAAUCGACAGGACACUGCGUCUGGUUGGACAGCACUCAUGCAGGCUACUUACUAUGGGAAAAAAGAAGUUGCCAAAUACUUAAUUACCCAAGGGGCUGAUGUGAAUAUCCAAGCUAAGGAUGGCUGCACAGCCUUUGAUCUAGCAGUACUUAUUGAUGAUACGGACACAGAGCUGGUGAGGCAGCUAGCAUCGGUCGGUAUGAAAGUGAACAAACCACAGCGUGGUAAAUCGGCUUCCAUGCCAUGGGCGUCAAGGUCAAAAAGUAGUGAAAAUAUGAAUAAUGAUGAUGAUCCACCUAAGAGUGGACUUAAGGCAUGGUGGUCAAGAAUGUCUAAUCGUUUUCGUAAUUUAAAGCUCACAAGUACAUUCCGUGCCAGAUUUUCGUCCAAUCGUCUACAACCAUUCCAUGAUGAAAACACCACAACUGACGCCACCUUGAAAGCUGAGCGAGAGAAAAAUGACCACAAACGGAAAUCCAGUUCUACUAUGAAUCUAGAUGAGUUAGAUAGAAAACUGAGCAGUCCUAAAAAAUCAGCAAGUAUUGACAGUGGUUUAGAUAACAGUCAGACCAGUAAAGCACUCUAUACCUUGUCACUGGCAUCACCAACGUCUAAGCUUCCCAAUGAGAAAUUGAUGCCUGUAAUACCGCCAUUCCUUCCUCCACCAUCAUUUGAUCUCAGUAGUUCAGAUAGACCAAAGAUGCAGUCAUUGUCUUCUAAGACAUCAUCACCAGAGACAAAGGGUGGGGUUAAUCGGCGGAUCAUGCAGUCUGCUAAAUUCUCCAGUCCUCGCAGUCCAAGUGAUUCAGCAAACUACGGGUAUGAAUCGUCAAGUCCUAACUCUUCAGCUGGUGCCGAAGGUGUGGGUCGUGUAUUCACAGCAUCGCAUCGGUCACAUCCAAUGUACAGAAGACACACAUAUGAUCCUUCAGUGAAUCGACCAAGACCAGUGUCCUACCCAACAAUGGCUUUCAUAUCAGGGCCAUCAGAGAUACAUUUAUCGAGUAUUCAACACAAAUAUAAAUCAUCAAACAGAGUAAAUGCAAACGUGCAUCCCGGCGGAUUGAACAGCUCAAAUUCCUCUACCACCUCAAGUUCUUUGACCCCGUCAAGACCGAAUCAACAUUUUAGUGGAACCUCACAGAGCAGCACAACCUUGACCCCUUCUGCAUCACCUGAUCCCAGAGGCUAUCUGGGUUCCACUAUAAGUUCGUCCACCUUUUCAAGUUCUUCGCAUAAACAGAAAAACACCAGUUCAAGCAGUGGAAUCAGUGAAGACGACGAGUUGUCAUUACUUAUGAAGAAAUUAUCUCUUGAAAAGUACACCCCAAUAUUUGAAGAACAGGAAGUUGACAUGGAAGCGUUCCUAACGCUUACGGACGAUGACCUGAAAGAACUUGGUAUUUCUCACAUGGAACCUAGACGUCAGAUUUUAAGCGUGAUCUCCGAAUUGAAUACAGGGAAAGGCCGCGAGAGAGAAUUUUUACGAACCACACUGACAAACUAUCAUGUUUCAGAAUUUCCUCAUCUAUGAGCUGUGCUUGUAGUAAUCCCUAAAAUGACAGAAUAUAUUUAAAACUUUUUAAAUUUAUAUUUUAUAGAAUAGAUUUUUAAUGAUCAAUUAAUCCAUCACGUGUAAUACGCUAUCACCCCCCCCCCCCUGUGAAUGGAACAUGCACAGUGAUUUCAGCUCAAUAUGUUGUAGUGUGUAUUUGUAAGUAAAAACUGAUGCAGAAGUUGACAUA